AUGGCGCUAUAUCAUCGACCCUGGCCCCCGACUUCUUCGCCGGCAGCUUGGCUCGACCCUUCAGCUCCCGUCGAAGAAGAAACACUACCGAAAUAUAACCCCGCGCGCUUCUAUCCGAUCCGUUUGGGUCAAAUACUAAACGGAAGGUAUCAAGUUGCCACAAAACUAGGCUACGGGGCUAGGUCAACUGUGUGGCUUGCCCGCGACCUGACUGAAUGGCAGUGGCUGAAUGAGAAGUAUGUUGCUAUCAAAGUCAAGACAAGGAGAAAGUCCCCGAAGCGCUCAUCGGAGAACGAAGUCAAGAUAAUGAGACACAUCGCCAGGACGAAUCCUAAGCAUGAAGGAUGGCAAUUCGUCAGAAAACUCAUUAGCUCCUUUCCGAUAGAGGGCACAUCCGGUUACCAUACUUGUUUAGUUUCUGAGCCUUUGCGCGAACCUCUAUCGCUCUAUUGCUCCAGAUAUGCUGGAGGCGUGAUUCCUCCAGAAAUCCUGAAGAUUCUUGGUCGAAUGAUGCUACACGCACUGGAUUACCUUCACUCAGAAUGCCAUGUCAUCCAUACAGAUCUCAAACCUGAUAACAUUAUGAUCAAGAUUGAAGACACCGCAAUCUUUCAUAAGGAUGCCAAGAAUGAAUUUAACUAUCCACUUCCAGAAAAACAGCUCGAUGACCGCACAAUUUACCUAUCUCGAAAUAACUAUGGGCCUCUAUCUAGGCCAACGGGUACUAUACAGCUCGUAGAUUUUGAUCGCGCUGUCCAUACCACGCCGGGCGCCUUACAUACGGGCGCCAUCCAAACCGAGAUGUACCGAGCACCGGAGGUCAUCGUUAAUUCUGGAUACACCUUCUCAGCAGAUAUAUGGAGCCUUGGAGUUCUGCUGUACGAGUUGCUCGAAGGGAAAAGCCUUUUCAGCCCUGAGAACGGUGAUAUAUAUGAUGAUUUAAGCCAUAUUGGACAGAUAUCCGCUUUGCUCGGACCUGCGCCUCGAGAUCUCUCACAGAAAGGCAGAAGAACUUCUUUGUUCUAUAAUGAUAAGGGCGAGAUAAAAGACCCCAGCCGCAUACCUGACAAUUUCAGUUUUGGAAGCAUGAUAACAAAUAUGUCAGGAGAGGAAAAGCAUAGGUUUAUUUGUUUCGUCGAGAGGAUGAUUGUUUGGAACCCUGAAGAAAGGGAUACGGCUGCAGAGCUUCUGAAUGACCCGUGGCUCUGCAGCGACUUUUUACAGAAUUAG